AUGGCGAAUAUAGCGCAGCUUCCACCGGAAUUAUUCUGUCCGGUGCUUGAUCUUGCUUUCGAGAAUCAAAGUGAUAUUCAGCUGCUCUGCAGUCUCUCUCUUGUUAGUCGCCAAUGGUACGAGGCCCUGGUUCCUCGUAUAUACGCUGAAUGGACCUACAAUGGUGCGAGGCAGUCAUUCAGGUCUCUCUGGAACUUUCUCAGGACCAUCCUCAACGAUUCCCGUAUAGCAGCCUUGGUUCACUCCUUACAUAUAGGCAACUGGGGUUACUAUCCAUAUGCACGAUCUGGUGAGUGGGAAGAACUAAAUCUUCCACAGAAUGAGAUUACCCUUUUCCGUGAAGCUAUCAACAGGGUGGGGAUCAAACACCUAGAAUCGAAUAUCAUCAAAGAUAUACGAAAGCGUGAUCGACGACCGCUGAUGGCGCUUCUUCUAACAUGUCUCCCAAACAUCACGAGAAUAUAUACACACGUGCCGCAGUCUGAUCCUGUCCUCAGCGCAGUUCUCAGACAAAUAUUAGACUGUCAGAGUGGUGACAAUCCAUCAACAAUCCUUAGCAAGCUGAGCGACCUUUAUGUACUUGGCGAAGUGGACGUUCCUCCCCGUGACCUCGUGAAUCAUAACCUCCUUCCAGGAGCCGAUCAAACUCCAUUGCGCCUCGAUGACCUGUGGCCCGCACUUCAUUUGACGGGUCUUCGGACGCUCUCGCUUUACGGUCUCGAUACAGCAAACGCAGCCCUUCGGCUUGGAGCCAGUCCUGCCAUAUCUCGUCUGAAACACUUUUCCAUCACCGGUGGCUUUAAUUCCAGCUGCACUUACGCAGAUCUCAGAGCUCUGCUCGCCUUACCAGAAGCAUUGACCAGCUUCUCAUUAUAUAUACAAGAUUAUGCGUUUGGUUCAAUCGGAGGUGAUAUGAUAUCAAACGCGGGCCUCUGGAAAGUCCUAAAAAAGCACCAGAGCAGCCUUGAAUACCUCGACAUUUAUCGUGACGCUGAGCACACAGGGCUCUACAUGAGUCAAGGCCAUUUUGGUCUUCUUCAUUCCUUUACAUGCCUCAAAAAGCUUUGUAUCCAAGCAGAAGUCUUACUCGGUAGCUUCUGGGACCGGCCCAACGCCCCCUACCGCUUGAAAGAUCGUUUGCCAUGCAAUCUCGAGUCUCUCACGCUCUAUGGGGGUAAAAGGUUCUUUAACACUAGUAGUAUAGGUGUGCACCUGCAAGAGGCACUGAACAGUGGGAUAUUUUCGUCCCUCGCUUCGGUUGAACUAGAAGGCUUCUAUGUUGAUUCUGACAUCUCGGAAGUGUGCCGUCAAAACGGUGUUACCCUUUCAAUGGGACGAAGCUGCCACCACAAAGCCCCAAGAGAUUGUCAACUUCGGAAGGAGGGAAGCUGCCCGCCGUUCGUGCAGAAGACACACCACAUGCGAAUGGAUGGCCAAAGACGAGCGGUUAUGUUCGCUUUCUUCCCUGAGGAAUGUCGGGACCGUCGCGAGAUACUACUGCCCCUCGACGACAGCAUGGACGCCUACGAGGAGAAUGAUGCAAAAGACGAAGACCUUGACCAAUGUGCCGGUGACUUGAAACUACGUAUGUUGGACUUCUGGGUACACAAUGGAGGCACAGCGUACAUGGUCUUUCAGAACUUUGCACACUCCUCGCUGCCACCGCUUUUUUCCUUCGCCAUAUAUUUUACGCAUGCUCACGUGUCGCGGGAAAAGAUAGAUCAUCGGGCUUUAUACCAUGCUCUUUGUGACUCGUACAGCAACUACGAUGUUCGCUUCGAUCUCUAUUUUGUCCCCGGUAUAACUGAAGAAGGAUGUAUAGCUCAUUAUCGACAGGAGGGACGCUUUCGUGGGGAUUACAAAAGGCAACUCAAGGCAUAUAAGGAGAGUAGUCGUUACGAUGUUUCGCCAGGGGUGGGAGCUCUACCCAGUAUGGUACGCGACUAUUCUGAUACUGGUUUCUAUCGAGGAUUGCUGUUCAUAUGUACUGAACCAGAAUGGAAUGGCGACCAGGAAAUCUUGUGGUCUGUGCAGUUCGACCCGAUCCGACAGGCAGAAGAUGGUACGGAGUCGUCCGAUGAAGAAAAUAUUCCCCUUAAUUGUAUCCAACGGCACCCGAUUAAUGACAGCAGCCGCUGGUAUGAAGGUUACGGUGGCGAAUGCCCGAUUGACCGAUGGAUAUCCGAUAUAGCAUCCUGGCAUAGGGAGGAAUUGAGGGGACCCUGGCUGAAAGCAACACGAAGAGGCUGGCAGAGUUGGCGAUAG